UGUUUUUUUUUACCUGGUGUUUGCUUACUCCAAGAGGUUUUCUCUUGUACUUGAGCUUCGAAGCCUUGAAUCCAUGAUGGAUUUCCAAGCUCUUGUCAAGUUUGCAUUGAUAAGCUUCGAUUCUCUUGCUUGGCCCCUCUUUGCUUUGGGUUAUCCUCUACGUGCUUCCGUUCAAGCACUCGAGGCUAAUUCCAACACUGAGACCAAGAGACUGGUUACCUACUGGAUUAUCUUCUCAUUGAUUUGCCUGUUCGAACAUGCUUUCAUUGGAAUCCUUCAAUGGCUGCCGUUCUGGCCGUACACGAAGCUAACGAUCAUCUGCUGGAUGACGAUACCCCGUUUCGACGGUGCUCUUUACGUCUACGACCACUUUGUUCACCCAUGUGUGUGUAUUGAUUUGCCAACCAUCAUUAACUAGUUAAGCAAGCUGCAAGAGUUCUUUUUGAGCUACAAUUUUCUUGCUGAAGCAGCUCAUGAAUGUG